AUGGAUGAUUCCCAAAGUUCCAGCUUAUACAAUUACUUAUUCGGUGAAGCUGAUGAAAUCACCAAGAGAAUAGAGGAAUAUCGCACACAACAUGGUAGAAACGAUGAUUCUCCACCGCUCGUAUCACCGGAGCACUUGUCCGAAAACAUUUGUCCUACGAUUAGUUAUUGUCAGCAUCAAAACCGACCUACCAUGUUUAUACCUUUUAAUUCCAUUUCAGCGGAACAUCAUUCCUCCCAACACUUUUGUCAUAUGAUUUAUCAUCAUCAACUUCAAAAUCAAAGUCCAAGAAAUUGGUCGAGACCAAUAGAUAUAAUCCGACGGAUUGAAGAGCCUGAAAGAGAAACAGGUGUAGGAUUAACAGAGAGAGAAUUUUCUCAAUUACCUACCAUCAAGUUUCAACAUUCUAUAGAAGAUAAAAAGUGUAUGAUUUGCCUGUCAGAUUAUACUCGGGGAGAGAAACUUACCAUUUUACCUUGUACUCACAAAUACCACGAAGAUUGCAUUCGUCCUUGGCUCAAAAAGAGUAAGCUUUGCUGCGUUUGCCAAAGGGAAGUGGUUGUUGGAUAUAAAUAA